AAUUUAUAUUGAAGAUUUAAGAAGUGAAUCUUUUUGAACGGAUAUUUUAUUUUGAAAUUUGUUCGUUCCUUGUACUUUAUAACAAUGACUGCUGCCCAAAACUGGUGUUCUUACCCGAAUCCAAAUCCAGGUGAAGAGGUAGUUAUUUGCGGUAUAUCUGGCUACCUUCCAAAAUCUGAAAAUAUAUAUGAAUUCAAGCAUAAUUUAUAUAAUGGAAUUGACAUGACAUCAGAAGAUCACUCGUCCUCACAUCCUGAAGUCCCGAAACGUUAUGGUCGAAUAAAACCUCAUUGUCUUAGCCAGUUUGAUUAUAAGUUUUUUAAUAUUCCCGAAGAACAGGUCUAUUCUAUGGAUCCAAUGGGUCGUAUGUUAUUAGAAAAAACAUACGAAGCUGUAAUUGACGCAGGAUUAAAUCCUGAAGAUUUACGAGGCACAAAAACUGGUGUCUAUACAGGAACGUCAUUUUGCGAAUCUGAUAAUAAUUGGUUUUAUUCAAUUGCAAAUAUCGAUGGUUUUGGUGUGAUUGGAAGUAGUAGAGCAAUGUUCGCUAAUCGAUUAAGUUGGUGGUUAGAUUUAAAAGGUCCGUCGUAUAAUGUAGAUACAGCUUGUUCAAGUUAUUUGUGUGCUAUUGAACAGGCGUAUAGAGACUUACGAGCCGGUAUUGUAGAUUGUGCUCUAGUUGCCACAGCAAAUUUAUGUUUAUCCGAAGUAACAACAUUACAAUUCUUACGUUUGGGUAUAUUAGCUAAAGACGGUGUAUGUCGUGCUUUUGAUGAGAAAGCAAAUGGCUAUGUAAGAUCGGAAACAGUGGGAUGUUUGGUGUUGAUGCGUUCUAAAGACGCUAAGCGAAUUUAUUCAUACAUUGUACAUUCAAAGAAUAAUUGUGAUGGAUAUAAGCCACAAGGUAUAACUUUUCCAUCUUCGAAAAGCCAAUCCAAAUUACUGAAUGAAUUUUAUCAGGAAAUUAAAAUAUUACCCAAAGAUAUUGCUUAUCUUGAAUGUCAUGGUACUGGAACAAGAGUUGGAGAUGUUGAAGAAUGUAUUUCAAUUGAAUCGGUCUUUUGUAAGGAUCGUAAAACACCAUUAAAAAUUGGUUCGGUUAAGACGAAUAUUGGACAUGCUGAACCGUCGUCUGGAUUCGGUUCAAUUGCAAAGUGUAUUUUAAUAAUGGAAAAUGGUUUAAUUCCACCUAAUUUAAAUUUUUGCACACCACGAAAAGAAAUUAAGGGUUUUGCUGAAAAUAAAUUCGAAGUUGUUGAUAAAGUUACAUCGUUUGAUGGUGAAUAUAUAGGUGUAAGUGGCUUUGGAUUUGGGGGUGCAAAUUCACACGUAUUAUUGAAACGUUUUAAUAAGAUGAAAAUAAAUAAUGGCUGUCCACAGGAUGAAUUACCACGACUUAUUUGUGUAUCUGGCAGGUCUCAAUAUGCAGUGAAUACAAUAUUAAAUGAUUUACAAAAACGGCCGUUAGAUGCAGAAUAUAUUGGUUUAUAUCAUAACAUUUAUCGUAAAAAUAUCAGACUUCAUGAAUAUCGUGGAUAUAUUCUGUUACAAAAAAAUGACCCACGCGAUAUUGGCCAUGCAAUAAAAUUUAUACAAAAUGAGGCACAACCUCCGCCAAUUUGCUAUGUAUUCAGUGGAAUUGGAUCGCAAUGGGCUGGUAUGGGUGUAACUUUAAUGAAAAUACCAGUAUUUGCAGCCAAAAUGCGCCAACUGCACAAAUAUCUAGAUGCAUUAUGUCGUUUAGAUAUCAUACAAAUUAUUACGGAUAUCAAUUCAAAAAUAUAUGAUAAUCCAUUAUAUGCUAUACUUGGAAUCACAGCAAUACAAAUUGGUUUGGUUGAUGUAUUAAGAGCAAUUGGUAUUGAAGCGGAUUAUAUGAUAGGUUAUUCUACUGGAGAAUUAGCAUGUGCAUAUGCUGAUAAUUGUUUAACGGCUGAACAAACAAUUUUAGUUGCAUAUUAUCGUGGUUUAGCAUUAUUUGACUCAAAAUUGAUCAAAGGAUCAAUGGCUGUAAGCGAACUUAAUUCAAAUGAGGUAAUGGGUUUUUGUCCUACAGAAAUUGAUUUUGUUGGGCAAAUAAAUAAGAAAAGCAGUAUUAUUUCAGGACCGAUUGACAUGUUAAAAAAAGUUACGGCUCAAAUGUCUAUGAAAGAGCCACGAUUAAGGAAAGAGCUUAAUAAAUUAAUUCCAAAUCCAAAGCCUAGAUCAAAAAAAUGGAUUUGUAACAAUCACAACACGAACAAUAAUAAUUAUGAUGAAAAAUGUACGGCAGAUUAUCUAACAACUAUUUUACAAACGCCAAUUCAGUUAAAAGAAUCUUUAAAAAAUAUUGAAUCAAAUUCAAUUAUUCUUGAAAUAUCCCCAGAUAAUAUAUUAGCUUCUACAUUCAGCGAUGAUGCUAUUUGUAGCGAAAAUAUAAAUAUCGAAUCAAUAAUGCAGAAAAAUGAUUACAAUUUAUCAAAACUUUUCACCACCAUUGGAAACUUAUACACAAAAGGAUUCAAUCCUCAAUUGGCAAAAUUAUAUCCCGAUGUACUGUUUCCUGUAAGUAGUGGUACACCAAUGAUUGCUCCUACUGUUAGAUGGGAUCAUACAAGAGAAUGGCCAGUACCGAAAGAAGGUUAUAAUUAUCAGAAAAAAUCGUUUGAACAAUCUAUAAUUAUCGACGUAAAUAAUCCAGAAUACCAAAAUCUUACGGGGCAUAUAAUUGAUGGUCGUAAUCUAUAUCCAGCGACUGGUUACUUAGUCCUAGUAUGGAAUGUUUUAACAGAAACAGAAGGUGAAAUAAUAGAAAAUGUUGCAGUGGAAUUUGAAGAUGUACAAUUUUUACGGGCUACAAACAUUUCUAAAAACAAUACAAUAACAUUUACAGUAAUGAUACAAAAGGGUACUGGAAAUUUUGAAAUUUUAGAAAGUGGUUCAGUUGUAGUCACAGGUCGAAUUAAACGUAUACCUCACAAGCCCAACAAAUUAUUACAACUACCCGAAGUGAAGCCAGUUAUUAACGAUGAUGAUAAGUUACCAUUAAACUCACGUGAUGUUUACAAAGAAUUACGUUUACGAGGUUACAAUUAUCAGGAUGAUUUUAAGGGCAUUAUAUCUACGGAUAACAGUUGUUGUGUUGGACAAAUUGAAUGGAAACCAGGAAAUUGGAUUCCGUUCAUGGAUAAUAUGCUACAAAUACAAAUAUUACAAGAGGAUGCAAGAUUUUUGUAUGUUCCAACCAGUAUACAGAAAUUAACAAUAUAUCCACAAGAUCAUUUCCUAUAUAUCCAAGAACAUGAAGAUGGUAAAAGCUCAAUAACCGUUACACAUCACAAAGAAUUUCAAGUGCUACAAGGAGGAGGCAUACAAAUUCAGAGUUUAAUGGCGACAUCAAUUAAUCGACGCAAACCCUUUGGCGAAGCUGUUUUGGAAAAACAACAAUUUGUUCCAUAUAAGAGUUCCACUUCAGAAGAAUACAGUGUUGUUGAUGCUAUGCGAAUAUUUUUCCAAUUGGGGUUAGAAAAUCAACCGAAUGUUAAAGUAAAAGUUGUUGAGGUCGAUAAUCAAAUCAAAGAUAUAUUAACACCUGUAAUUUUUGAAGUUCUCAGUGACUUACCUUUAAUUCAACCUGAUAUAACUGUUCUUUCUAAUCGGACGUUUCAAUUACCCAACAAUUGUCGCGUUUCUGAUAAACCAUUAGAAUCGGAAUCCAAAGCUGAUUACGUUGUCACUUAUGAUUUAGUAAACAAAUCAGAUAAAUUGCAAGUUAUCGGUAAAGUUUUAAAGGAUAUCAAUAGUUUUGUAAUAUCACGGGAAAACCCUAAAAUGAAACCAAAUUGUAUAUCGGGUUACGAUAUAUUGUGUGAACUGUUUAUUGAAAAUGAAAAAUUAUUAAUGUUACGUAAACAAAAAUUAAAUAUUAUCAAACCGGUAAUAAUAAAAAUUACAAAUAAUAUUGAAUUCUCAUGGAUAGAAAAAUUACAAGAAACAAUUAAAUCUAAAUUACCCACAAUUUUGUAUUCACAAAAUGAACCAAUUAGUGGCUUAAUUGGCUUAAUAAACUGCUUACGAAAAGAGUAUUUAAAUAAUUCAAUUCAAGCUGUAUUCAUAAAUGAUACGGAUGCGCCGGACUUCGAUAUUAAUAAUCAAUUCUAUAAAACACAAUUGGAUCUCGGUUUAGCUGUAAAUGUGUACAAGAAUGAUGUUUGGGGUGGUUAUCGUCAUUUAAAACUGGUCGAAACAAAAAUAAUGACUGACACAGCUUAUAUUAAUUGUACAGUUCGAGGAGAUCUAUCUAGUAUGAGCUGGAUAGAAUUACCAUUAUCUGCUAAACCAAAACGAAUAAUUGAAAUAUGUUAUUCGGCAAUGAAUUUUCGUGACAUUAUGAUAGCUACUGGGAAACUGGGUAUUGAAUUUUUAGCUAAAUCUAAAAAUGAUCCAGAUUGUGUCUUACCAUUAGGCUGCGCUCAAGGCUUAGAAUUUUCUGGAGUUGGCCCGGAUGGUAAACGGUGCAUGGGUUUAAUAUCCCGCGCGGGACAAGCAACACGUGUUGAAUGUGACGAAGAUUUUACAUGGCCAGUACCAGAUAGUUGGUCAUUAGAAGAAGCCGCUACAGUUCCUGUUGUAUACUCGACAGUGUAUGCCUCUUUAAUUAAAUACGGCAUGUCUAAAGGUCAAUCUGUGCUAAUUCAUUCUGGAACCGGAGGUGUUGGGCUAGCAGCAAUACAUGUUGCGUUACAUUACGGUUGUGAGGUAUUUACAACAGUUGGAACGCAAGAAAAAAGGGACUAUAUUAAAAAACUAUUUCCACAAAUUAAGGAUAGUCAUAUUGGCAAUUCACGAGAUACUUCUUUUGAACAAAUGAUUAUGUUUGAAACAAAUGGCCGUGGUGUCGAUUUUGUAUUGAAUUCAUUGGCUGAAGAAAAGUUAUUAGCUUCGGUGCGAUGUCUUGCUGAGUAUGGAAAAUUUAUGGAAAUUGGUAAAUUUGAUUUGUCCAAGAAUAAUAAACUUGGAAUGGAAGUAUUUAUGCGAGGGGCGUCAUUUCAUGGUAUCAUGUUGGAUAAUACAAUGCAUGCAGCCGCAAGUCAAAAGCAAGAACUUCAAUCAAUGGUAUGGAAAGGAAUUCAAGACGGUGCCGUUAAACCGUUGCCAAGAACUGUAUUUGGAAUAGACAAUUUAGAAGCACCAUUUAGAUAUAUGAGUGCUGGUAAACAUAUUGGUAAAGUAUUGAUCAAAAUUCGGGAAGGUGAGACUCAAAAAACUGCUGUGGUACCUGCAAUUCCCAAGUUGUAUGUAAAACGAAAUAAAACUAUCGUGAUUAUUGGGGGCCUUGGUGGAUUUGGAUUGGAGUUAGCAAAUUGGUUGAUCCAGAGAGGUUGUAAAAAUUUAAUACUUUCAUCAAGACAGGGUUUAAAAAAAGGAUACCAAUCUAUUCGAGUUCAAAAAUGGCUGUCAGCUGGGAUUAACGUGCAAAUUUCUACCGCAGACAUAUCUACAAAACAAGGAUGCAUAGAAAUAUUAAAAUUUGCCAUGCAAUUUGGUCCAGUUGAUGGUAUUUAUAACUUGGCCGUAUUAUUACGUGAUGCCCUCUUCGAAAAUCAAACCAUUGAAAAUUUCCAAACGUCAUUUAAGGGCAAAGUAUUGGGUACGCAAUAUUUGGAUGAAGUAAGCCGUACACUUUGUCCAGAAUUACGACAUUUUGUUGUAUUCUCAAGUGUAUCUUGUGGACGUGGUAAUGCAGGUCAAACUAAUUAUGGUAUGGCCAAUUCAGUGAUGGAACGUAUUUGUGAAGAACGAUGCGCGAAUGGAUAUCCAGCACUUGCGAUACAAUGGGGUGCUAUUGGAGAAGUAGGUCUUGUUGCCGAUAUGCAAGACAAUGAUACUUUAUUAGAAAUUGGCGGAACACUACAACAAAAAUUAAAUAGUUGUUUUGAUGCUUUGGACACUUUUUUGAAACAAAAAGCUCCAGUUGUUGCUAGUAUGGUGGUUGCUGAGAAAAAGUAUGGAGCUGGUGCAGGUGGUAAUAUUCUGGAAUCUGUUAUAAGUAUUAUGGGUAUACGAGAUUAUAAGACAAUUAGUAAACAUGCAAAUUUAGCGGAGAUUGGUAUGGAUUCAAUGAUGGCAGUCGAAAUCAAACAAACAUUAGAAAGAGAGUUUGAACUUUUCUUGACACCACAAGAUAUACGAAAUUUAACAUUCUCGAAAUUAACGGAAAUACAAACACAACUAAAUGAGAGCUCAGAAUUAGAUACCUCAACAGUAGCAAACUCGAAUUCUCAGAAAAAUAUAUUUAAAAUGUUUAUUCGUACAUUAGGCGAUGAAAAUCAACGUACCGAACCAAUAGUCAAUUUAUCAUCUACAGAAAAUAAUACAGAGUCACUACCUUUAUUCUUCAUUCCUGGUAUUGAAGGGCAUUGUCCAAUAUUUGAACCACUGUGUUCGAAAUUAAAUCAUCAUUGUUAUGGUUUACAAAUUUCAUUUGAGGAUACCACUAAUAGUAUUUCUAAAAUAGCACAAAAUAUGGUUUCGCAUAUUAAAUCAAAGUUAGCUAAACAUUCAGAAUAUGGUAUUGUUGGCUAUUCAUACGGCUGCAUAUUAACAAUAGAUAUUUUUAGACAAUUAGAAAAAUUAGGAUAUAAAGGACGUUGUUUAUUUAUUGAUGGAUCUCCAACAUUUGUGAAAACAGUGGUAUGUAAACAGUUUACAAUGAAUAAUGAUUUGUCAGCGAAUGUUAUCGAAUCAAGAUUAUUAGUAAUGAUAUUAUCACUGUUUUCUACUGAAAAUGUUACAAGUAUAUUGAAUGAGCUCGAAACAUUAUCUGAUUGGAAAUCGCGAGUGGAUCUUUUAAUAUCAAAAGUACCAAAAGAUGUUUCACCCUAUUCUGAGAAAUACAUUCGUACAAUAUGUAAUGGUUUGUUAGCUCGAUUUCAAUCAGUUAUCAAUUAUAAUAUUUCCGAUGAAAAUAAAUUAAACGUUCCAAUUGCACUAGUACGACCCACCACGCAAGUGCUAAGUGAUAUUUCUGAAGAUUAUGAUUUGUCAGCUUUAAUAGAUCAAGAGUCAUUGAAAAUCCCUGUAACAGUAUUGGACGGUGAUCAUUUCUCUGUUUUAGAAAAUGCGGUCUCUCCAAACUGAAUCGACUUUCUUGAAACAUGGAUAAGAACAGUCUGAAUUAAAUUACCCUUAAAAAAAUCAAAAUCGUUUAAUCUGUUUAGCAGCUACGAUGCCACAAACAGACAGACAGACACACG